UCAAGCAGCUGAUUGUCAAGUAGACGUCAGAAUAUUUUUUUAAACCCUAUUUUUUACACAAAAAACAAUUAAUCAACAUGAUUUAUACUUUCUAAUGACCUGGAAAAGUACAUUUGAUGUAAUCAAGUGACUCAUUUGAGCGAUUAAAGAAUUAUCUGAAUGGAGUAAAAAUGGAAAACACUGCACCAACGAAUGCUAAUGAAGCCCCCACGAUUAACAAAACAACAAACUACAAGAAGAUAUUUAAGAUUAUUGUCAUUGGGGACUCAAAUGUGGGUAAAACCUCACUGACUUAUAGAUUCUGUGAAGGGGCUUUUUUGGAACAGUCGGAGGCCACAAUCGGAGUAGAUUUUAGGAGCAGAAACUUAACAUUAGAUGGGGAAGAGAUAACUUUGCAAUUAUGGGACACUGCGGGUCAAGAGAGAUUUAGAUCGUCAAUGGUGAAACACUACUAUAGAAAUACGCACGCGAUAGUUCUAGUUUACGACGUCACGAAUGCCGCUAGUUUUGAUUCAUUGAAAAAAUGGGUUGAUGAAUGUAACAGGAAUUGUCUCCACGACAUACCGAGAAUUUUAGUGGGGAAUAAGUGUGAUGGCGUGGCUGCCGUUACCACAAACGUAGCGCAGAGGUUUGCAGAUCAGUACAACAUGCCGUUAUUUGAAACGUCUGCAAGACUCGAUUCUCAAUGUGAUAACAUAGAAGCGAUUUUUUUAACUCUGGCUCACAAACUAAAAAAUCAGAAGCCUUUUCUACCUGUUACUAACAAUAUCGUAAUCGAUACUGUUGCAGAGCCUAAAAAAUCAUGGGGGUGCUGUUAAAUAAUUUUGUAAGAAAAACCUGUGGGUAAUAUAUUUAUUUUGAAUGAAAA